CCUUAGGAAAAGUCGCUUUUAUUGUUGAUCGAGUACUGGUCGUUAGAAACAAAUAUAAUUUACCUGUAUAAUUAUUUUGUCGUAGGAGAAUAAUUAUUAUUUAAAGACUGACAAAAACAAUAUUUCGUCUCCUUAGCCCACGUGUUUUUACGUAAAAAGAGUGCGCCGGUUCCUAGCUGUUCUACACAAACAGCAUGGCAACCGAAGGUGUAUCGAGAAAGCCCGUUUUAGAAAUGGUGCAAGCUGAAGGUGCAGAUGAGUCCUGUGUCACCUAUGUCAUGCAUGAUGAAGAUCACACUUUAGGGAAUUCUCUCCGCUAUAUGAUAAUGAAAAAUCCCGAAGUUGAGUUUUGUGGAUACAGCAUCACUCAUCCUUCAGAAAGCAAAAUAAAUUUCAGAAUUCAAACAAAAGGAGGACUUCCUGCCAUAGAACCGUUUCGCAGAGGGUUGACUGAACUAAAUGAUUUGUGCCAGCAUGUGCUUAGCACAUUUGAGAUGAGUGUGAAGGCAUAUGAACAACAGAGUUUUGAGGACAUGGCGUAACUGAAGAAGAGAGAGAGAGUAGAAUCGGAAAAGUAACAGUUGUCUGAGUGUUCACGAGCCUCUGGAUAUUUCCUGGCUUUACACACCUGCAGGAAAAAAUUAAAUUCAUUGUCUACUGGUAUAAAUAAUUCAUGCAUCUGUAGAUAGCCAUUUUGAGAAUCAUGUCUUGAUAUCCCACAUGCUACAGUGACUCUUCCUAAUUUCUCAUCUACUUGUUUGUUUUAAGACUUUGGGGAAAAAAGUAUAUAUAUAUUUUUUAAUUUAAGUUAAAUAUCCCAUUUUCAAAUACAAUAUGCAUAUUGUAUCAAACCUUUUUAAUUUGAUUUUCCUGAAAAAGCUUUUUUUUUUUUCUUAAUUAAAAAAUUUUAAUUACAAUUUGUCAACACUGAACAUUUUGGUCUGAAGUAUGCUAAGUGAUUAAUCUGGUCAUAAAAUCUUAGACAUGGACAAUUUAAAAAAUCUGAAUUGGCAAGUAUUAAAAUAGCAUUCAAAAUAGUUGCUUAUUUAGAAAGCAUCUCUAAUUUUAAUGUCUAUAGGGUUAGAUAGAUAGAUACUUUUAUUAAUCCCAAGGGGAAAUUCACAUAAUCCAGCAGCAGUAUACUGAU